CCCUCUCUCUCUCUCUAAAAACCUUCAAAAAUCUCGGCUUUCACUUGCCAGAAGCCCUGGACACCACCUAAAAGAGCUGGAACCUUUACUUAGGUUCUGCGGUCAUGGAUGAACCUGAAGGGGCGGCAAGAGCCAAGAAUAGUGAGGAAACCCUUAUGGUGAAUUUGGAUCGUGCUGAAGAUGAAAGUGAUGUAAUGUUUGAGGUGAAGGGCUCUGAAGUGUUCGUUGAUGGGGACAGCCUGAAUAAGGCGGAUUUAGAGUUUAGAAGUGAAGAUUUGGAUGGUGGAAGCAAUUUAAUGGAAGAAGAUGAUAAUGCGGCCUCUGCUCGUUCCGAAAGGGAAUCUGAAGGUGGUGUUGGAGAUAAUGUUUCGGGGGCAGCCCGAGAUGUUGAUUUAGUAUCUAUGUCUGCUGAGCCAGAUGAUCUAGUAACGAAUUGUGGGGGGAUUGGUUGUGUGAAUGGAGACUCAAAGAGUUCAGAAGAACAACUUACUACUGAAGAUGCUGUGUCCAUUCCCGAAAGAGAGGAGAAAUGUUGUUUAAAUGGUGAAGAAGCUUCACAUGGCUUCUGUGCAAAUGCUGCCGGGGUUUCAUCAUCUUCAGAGGAAAAACAAGAUAGUCCUGCCGGAUCAACGAAUUAUCAACAGAGUCAUUGCAAAGAGGCUACUUUGAUGCCAAAAAAUGAGGAGACUAGCUUCAAAGAUGAAGAGGCUAUGUAUGGCCAUGUUUCUGGUGCUGGAGUAUCAUCAUCUUUAGAGAAGGGAGAAGGUUUGGUGAAGAUUCCAACUCUUUCAGAGAAGGUUGAUAGAAUCGGUUGUUUUGGUCACACCAAUAAUGAAAAUUCAAAUCCUAUUUCUGAACCAAAAUGUCCACCAAGACAUACUGUUGGAGAAGAUGCUGUUGCUUUGCUUCCUACAGAAAAAGAUGCAAAAUUUGAAGGCAGAGAUAUGCAUGGUGAUUCUGCUGUUGACGCUGAACUGCCUUCUUCUGAGAAAGAUGAAGAUUUGGUGAACCCAACUGUUUCUGAGAAGGUGGAUAUAGUAGAUUGUUCUGGCCAUGAAAGUAAUAAAGUUUCAGAUUCUCCUUCUGAACCAAACUGCUCACAAAGCCAAAUUAUUAGAGUAGAGGAGACAAUAUUCAAAGAUGAAACCAUGUGUGAUGCUGGAGCAUCAUCUUCUAAAAAAGAUUCCCAUUCUGAAAGAAUGUGUUUGCAAAGACAAAUUGUUGGAGAAGAAGCUGUUGUUUCGGAAACAAGAGAAGAGGAGACAAGUUUCAAAGAUGAAGCUUUAUGCGACCGUGUUGGUGAUGCGGGAGUAUCAUCUUCCGAGAAAGGUGAAGAUUUAAUGAAUAACCCAACUGUUUCUGAGGAGAUCGUUAUAGAUUGUUCUGGUCAUGAAAGUAAUAAUUUUUCAGAUUCUCCGUCUGAACCAACGAUUCCACAUAGCCAAACGGUUGCAGAAGAUGCUGCUGCUUUGAUUCUCACAAAAGAAGAUAGCGAAAUGGAAGAUGUAGAUAUGCAUGAUUCUAAAUCAGUUAUUUCACAGAGCCAUUGCAAAGAUGACACUUUGACACCAAGAGAAGUGGAUGCGAGUUCAGUGAAUCCACCUGCUUCAGAGAAGGUUGAUGUAAUAGAUUGUUAUGGCCAUGAAAGCAAUGAAGUUUCAGAUUCUCCUUCUGAACCAAACUGCUCACAAAGCCAAAUUGUCAGAGAAGAGGGGACAAAGUUCACAGUCGAAACAUGUGAUGCUGUUUCUGAUGCUGGAGCACCAUCUUCUGAAAAAGAUUCGCGUUCUGAACGAAUGUGUCCGCGAAGACAAAUUGUGGGAGAAGAGGCUGUUGUUUUGGUGCCAAGGAAAGAGGAGACAAGUUUCAAAGACGAAGCUUUCUGCGACAGUGUUGCUGAUGCAGGAAUAUCAUCUUCUGAGAAAGAAGAUGCUGCUGAUUCGAUUCCUAGAAAAGAAGAUACCAAUAUGGAAGAUGUAGAUAUGCAUGAUUCUAAAACAGAGAUUUCACAGAGCCAUUGCAAAGAUGAAACUUUGACUCCAAGAGAAGUAGAUACGAGUUCAGUGAAUCCAACUGCUUAUGAGAAGGUUGAUGUAAUAGAUUGUUCUGGCCAUGAAAGGAAUAAAGUUUCAGAUUCUCUUUCUGAACCAAACUGCUCACAAAUCCAAAUUGUUGGAGAAGAUGAGACAAGGUUCACAGUCGGAACUAUGUGUGAUGCUGUUUCUGAUGCCGUAGAAGGAUCUUCUGAAAAAGAUUCCCAUUCUGAACGAAUGUAUUUACAAAGACAAUUUGUGGGAAAAGAGGCUGUUGUUUUGGUGCCAAGGGAAGAUGAGACAAGUUUCAAACACGAAGCUUUAUGUGACCGUGUUGCUGAUACGGGAGUAUCAUCUUCUGAGAAAGAAGAUGCUGCUGCUUUGAUUUCCACAGAAGAAGAUAUGAAAAUGGAAGAUGUAGAUAUAUAUGAUUCUAAAUCAGAGAUCUCACAAAGCCAAUGCAAAGAUGGCACUUUUAUGCCGAGAGAAGUGCAGACGAGUUCAGUGAACCCAACUGUUUCCAAGAAGGUUGAUGUAAUAGAUUGUUUGGGCCAUGAAAGUAAUAAAGUUUCAGAAUCUCCUUCUCAAGGCCAUAGUGUUGCAGAAGAUGCUGACGCCUUGAUUCCAAUAGAUGAAGAAACAUGUUUGGAAGAAGAUAUGCUCGAUUCAGUUGUAGAUGGAGAUCUGUCAAAGCAUCCACGGAGUCAUUGCGAAGAUGUUGCUUCGAUGGCAAGAAAAGUGGAGACACAUUUCAAUAAUAACGAAGCUAUUUGUGCUUAUGAUGCUGAUGAUGUUGUAGUAUCAUCGUCUGAGAAAGGUGAAGGCUUGUCGGAUAACCCAAUUUUUUCUGGGAAUGAUGAUACAAUACAAGUAGAUUGUUCUGGUCAUGCCAGUGAUAGAAUUUUCACAAAACAAACUGUUGGAGAUUAUAUUUCAAGCAAAGAAUAUACAAGUAUUGAUGACAAAUAUCUGAAUGAUUCAGUUGCAGAUGCCAGACCAUAUUCUUUGGAGGGGAAUGAACAGGGUUUUGCAGAUCCAACCAUUUGCAAGGAGAACAAUGAAGAUUUUACAAAACACGAGACAGAUGGAGAUCUGUCAGAGAAUUCACAGAGUCAUUGCGAAGAUGUUGCUUCGAUGACAAGAGAAGUGGAGACAAGUGUAAUUGAAAAUGAAGCUAUAUGUGAUCAUGUUGCUGAUGAUGUUGUAGUAUCAUCCUUUGAGAAAGGCAAAGGCUUGUUGGAUAAUCCAAUUGUUUCCGUGAAGGUUGAUAUAAUAGAUUAUUCUGGUCAUGCAAGUGAUAGAAUUUCACCCAGACAAACUGUUGGAGAUGACAUUCCUAGCGAAGAAUAUACAACAAAUAGUGACGACAAAGAUCUGCAUGAUUCGGUUGCAGUUGCCAGACCAUCUUCUUUGGAGGAGAAUGAACAGAAUUUAGUAAAUCCAACUAGUUGCGAGGAGACCAAUGAAGAUUGUACAGAACAUGGGUCUGGUAUGAUCUCAGAUUGUCCGGCUGAUGCCGUUAUUGGAGUCGGGCAAGUUGGAGUUCUCAAUGAAAAUGAGAUUAAAAAAUCAAAGGUGGAAGCCAAUAGUCGUGUUGUCGGGGAUACAAUCUUACCUUAUUGUCAAGAAAGUUUGGAAGGGGAUGAAGGGAACCGUACUGCAAUUCAUGAUAAAGCUGAAUCUCUCAAGAGUGCUGGGGAUCGUCAUUCAUCUGCUGAGAAUGACGCGUCCUUAGAAAUCUCCAAUUACAAUGAUGCAAUGGAUAUUGAUGAUAAAAAGUUAGACAUUAGAAAUCCAACUAACUUAGGUUCUAUUAAUGACUCUGAUGUUGUGCAGAAUGAUGAGAUGGAUGUGGAUGAGGAAAAGUUAGAUGUCGUUAAUGAUGCAGCUAACUUAGGAUCAACUAAAGACACUGACAUUGUACAGACUGUGGUUGUCCCUGACAAUACACAGGCCCUGGAAAACAAGAUAGUUGCAAACUUUGCACUUGAAGGUUUGGAUGGCCAUGAACAUGAGCCAAAUGAUGCUGUUGAUUUAGAUACUGAUAAAGGCACUGAGGUGAUGGGUGAACAGAUUGUUGUUAAUUCUGCAUUUGAGUUCGUUGAUGAAGGGUUUUGGCAAGACGACGAGGGAAGAAAUGCUUCAAUGGCAAGGAGUGAGGAUGCUCCAGUCAAUGAUCAAACAGGUGCUCUGAAAUCUUUGGUUGAGGGUGUUGUCACUCUCAAAGAGGACACCACAAUACUGGCUAAUAUUGAAACCUGCCAGCAGCAAAGUAUAGAGGCUACCUGUAAGACAAAUAUUGAGGUAGAUAAUGGGCAGAACACGGAAGUGACACCAAUUUCUGAUCAGCCCGUUCAAACUGAUGUUUCACAUGUUGCAGUGCUCAAUGAGGUGGAUAUUGAGCAAGCAGCUGAGAGGGAAAAGGGGCCAUCGAAGAAAAAUGAUGGGUAUUUCUUGGAUGAUGUCCAUGGUGCAGAAACCGUGUUUCUAGACAACGAGCAACAAGAAGAAGAAGAAGAAGAAGAAGAAGAAGAAGAAGAAGAACUUGAAUUGAAACAACAAAAAGAAAUAAAAGAGAAGGAAGUGAAGCCUGUAAACAUAUAUCCUGGUUUCCUACAUCCUCCAGAAAAGUCAGGAAAGUUUGCAGUGUCCGAUUUAGUCUGGGGGAAGGUCAGGAGCCAUCCAUGGUGGCCUGGACAGAUAUUUGAUCCAGCAGACGCAUCUGAGAAGGCCGUCAGAUAUUACAAGAAGGGCUGCUUUUUGGUAGCUUAUUUUGGAGACCGAACCUUUGCUUGGAACGAUUCAUCCGUACUAAAGUCGUUCUGGUCCCACUUCUCCCAGAUUGAGAAACAAAGCACUUCCGAAACGUUUCAAAAUGCAGUCAGGUGUGCCUUGGAAGAGGUUUCCAGACGGAUACAGUUAGGCCUGUCAUGCUCUUGCACAUCAAAAUCCUCUUAUAGCAAGAUUGCAUGCCAGGUUGUUGAGAACACUGGCAUACGUGAAGAGUCGAGCAGGAUAGAAUACAGUGUUGACAAGUGCACAGCAGGUGUGAACUGUUUUUCACCUGUCAAGUUGUUGCAGUUCUUGAGAGGAAAGGCAUGCUCGCCUACUUCAUCGUGCGAUCAGUUGGAUCUUGUUAUUGCACGUGCCCAAUUAUUAGCUCAUUCCUGUUUCAAGGGAUGGGGUGUGCUGUCUGAUUUCUUGCAGGGAGGAGAGUUAGAAAAUGACGACAACGCAGGGCCAGUCACGAGCAAUAAUAAGGUGACCCCCUCCCAUAAACGCAAGUACCAUUCUUCGAAAGAGAGACGAAUGUCAGAGAUAAUAGGCAGCAGCUCUGAAUUGGACUGUAAAUCUGAAGGAGUAAAGAGUGUUUAUGCUGCAAAAGUGUCUCCAGUAACUCCAAGUCCCCCACCUUUCAAGAUUGGGGAACGCAUCCUAAGAGCAGCUAGCCACUUAAAAGGUGACUGUGUGCAACCAGAGACCGCCAAUGGUGGUCAUGCACACAACCCCCCAUCCAUUAAUGAGUUGUACUCCCAGCUUCAGUUGGUGGCACGGGCCCCAACAGGAGAAUAUACGUUCUUGGAUACUUUUAUCAGAUCCAUUUUAGAUCUCAGAAAAUGCUCAAAGCAGCUAUCUGAGUUGGUGCUGCAGAAUCCGCCCCCUUCAGGAAGGCCGGCUAGUGUUGGGGGUAGUAAAAAGAGAAAAGGCUCUCAGGAAGCUGUUGACGAAGGCUUUGAAUUUGAUGAUGACAUUAACGACUCAUAUUGGACAGACAUGAUUGUUCAAAACUAUUCGGAGGACCAACAACCAUUGCAGCAUUCGGUUGUUGAUUCAUUGGAUAAUAAAUCUUCGCGUCCUAAUAAAAAAAGCCGGCGGUCAUACUCUAGGAAACGGUACUCUAUUGGGAAUAAUUCAGUUCCUGAUGUGGCCGUAGCAGCUGCAGUAUCAGCAGCAGCAGAUGAAGAUGCUGAGAAAAGAAAGCGGGACCCGGCGGAGCUUAUCUUGAAGUUUGGAGAGGGCGGAGGUUGGCUUCCUUCAGAGAUGAACCUUAAUAAGAUAUUUAGACGGUUUGGGCCGAUAAAGGAAUUGGAGACCGAAGUUCAUCCCGAGUGUUGUCGUGGCAGGGUGGUGUUUAAAAGGGGGUGUGAUGCAGAAGUUGCUUAUAGCAGUGCUGGGAAGUUCAAUAUAUUCGGGUCGUUACCCGUGAAUUAUGAGAUCAACUACACGCCCGUUAUAUCAGUUAGACCGAUGCUCCUUACCAUACCACAAGAGCAAGAGCAAGAAGCCAUUUGAUCAAUCACUCAACUCACACUUCAGGCAAUAGAAGAGAGAGGAUGGGACAUUUCAUGAAUGCGGCCACGGCUAAAAGGGCAUAAAGGUGGAGAAGGUAUCCAGACCCGAAUUCACAUACCCUUUUUCUUUGAAGGAAAAAAAAAAGAAUCUUCUUGCUUUUGUAGAAACUGAAAUUGUUCCCCAUGUCUGUAGCUAGAAUCUUUUUAUAUGUCAGCUUAGUAUCCUUUUCUUCAUUUCUGGUGUACAUACAUAUAUAUACAUAAACAGUUGAUUUGAUG